AUGCUUUCACCUGCCGAAAAGCAAGAAAAGAUUAUAAGGUCAACCGAUUUAGAUGCCUUAAGCUGUAGGUUCAGUGCAAAUAAUAAAUCUUACUUUGCACCUCCAGAUCCAUAUAUUGAUGUGUUGAUUAAAUCCUACAGGAGCUACCUUCAUUAUUGUGCUGGUUAUAGCAAUUUAUCGGCUAACAGGACUUUGAAAAGCUCCUUUGGCGAGAAAAAGAUGCCAUUGAUUAAUAGAGGUACCUACUUUAGAACUAAGCUGAUAAAUUUAAUUAUAGACGAAUUUAUUCAAGAAUUUGGCAAAUGUCAGAUUAUAUCUUUGGGAGGAGGCUCAGAUACCAGAUGCUUCCAUUAUCUAGCUAAUAGCAAUGUCACUUAUCACGAAAUUGACUUUCCAGAGUCUGCAAAGAUAAAGUUAUUGGCCAUUUUCGGGAACGCCUCACUCAAGGAAAUAGUUCAAUAUAAUGAAGAUAGAGAUAGAGAUUUCGAAAUAAACUCAAAAGAGGACUUCGAAAAUUACGAAUCUGAAUUGCAUACUAAUAAUUAUCAUCUUUAUGGAAUGGACUUAAGACAAUUGAAAGAUUUUUCUAUUGGUGAAGCGAAGUUUUUGCCCUAUGUGAAUACAUCCUUGCCUACUUUAAUACUAAGUGAAUGUGCACUUUGUUAUGUUUCACCUUUAGAAAAUGAGCAAAUUGUAAAGUUUUGGAACAAUUUUUUCCAAAAAUCUAACUGCGUACUAGCAUUUUUAACAUAUGAACCCAUGUCUUUAGAUGAUCCUUUUGGUGUAACAAUGAAAGACAAUUUAUCCAAAAGAGGAAUAAACUUGUUAACUUUUAAUGAGUUUCCAACAUUACAAUCAAGAUGUGACUUUUUAUUUAGUGUCUGUCACUUGAAAAAUAUUCGUCUCACUGAUAUGUGUGAUAUCGGUGGUUAUGGGAACGAAUCUCCUUGGAUUGAUAACGAAGAGCUCCUUCGCAUCAAUAAACUCGAAUUGAUAGAUGAAGUUGAAGAAAUAAGGUUGCUUCUAAAGCACUAUUGCAUUUGCUAUGGUGAAAUGUCUCGCAGCAACGUGAAAAGAUUCAAAGGAAUUGACAAUUGGCGAUGGCUCAUUAAAAGGGAUACAUGA